AUGAAAAAUGAUAUGAGAAUUCAUUAUGCUUAUGAUGCGGCAUUCUUUAGCCAAACAUUAAUCAAUUAUAGUGGUGAGGGUGAUGAGGUACCACUCAAACCUGAAAGUGAGGGUCUUGAGGCACCACUUGAAUCUAGAAGUGAGGGUCUAGAGGCACCACUCGAACCUGGAAGUGAGGGUCUUGAGAAUGAGGGUCUUGAGGCACCACUUAGACCUAGAGGUCAGGGUCUUGAGGCGCCAUUCAGACCUGAAAGUGAGGGUCUUAAGGCACCACUCGAACUUGGAAGUGAGGGUCUUGAGGCAACACUUGGACCUGAAGGUGAGGGUCUUGAGGCACCACUUAGACCUAGAAGUGAGGGUCUUGAGGCACCAUUCGGACCUGAAAGUGAGGUUCUUAAGACACUACUCGGACCUGGAAGUGAGGGUCUUCAGGAACCACUUCGACUUGAAGGUGAGGGUCUUGAGGCACCACUCCGACUUGAAGGUGAGGGUCUUGAGGCACCACUCGGACCUGGAAGUUAG